GACUCAGAGAGGAGGCUGAGAGAGAUGGGACUAGUACAGGAGGCAAGACCACAAGCAGUGAGAACACAGUCAUUGUUUGCAGGGUUUGGAUCACCUAAUGCACGAGAUGAUGUCUCUUCAACUUUACGAUCGGAAAAUGGUCAACUUCAGCAACAGCUCACACAAUCACACUCAGACGUUCAACAACUUCAACGAGAGGUGUCAGAAAAAGACCAAGAAAUUACUCGACUACAGCAACAACUAACAAGAGCCAACGAACAUUUGACAAGAACUAAUGAAGAGCACGAAGAGCUGAUAGCAGCCCUCAGACAACAAUUGGAUGCUCAACUAGCACUUGCCAAUGACAUGUUGAGACAUUCCAAUGACCAACGACAACGAUCUGACACACAGAACCAACAGCUGGUAGGGACCCUCAUAGAACAAGUGGACCUCCUCCAACGAAGAGUGUCCUCUCUUUCAGCCAUCAUUCGUAAGAACCACCCUCAGGAGGUGGAGUUUUGGCAGGUGUCUCCAGAGGAGGUGUCUAUUAGAGAGGACGAGAUUCUUGGUCAAGGGGCCUGGGGCUAUGUUGCCAAGGGAACCUUUAGAGGAACAACGGUGGCCGUCAAACGAAUGUAUCCUGAAAUUCUACGACAGACUACGGUGGAUCGAAUUCGUCGUGAGAUUCACACCAUGGCUCAGAUCCGCCACCCCAACCUUGUCCUCUUUGUUGCUGCCGUCCUCAACGAGCAAACAGGUCCCAUUAUUGUCACAGAGCUCCUGGAUACCUCUCUACGUUCUGCCUACCAGGACAAUCGUGUUGGUCCCAACAAGCGAAGGAUCUUUGGAGACAUCUCCUCAGCUCUGGUUUAUCUCCACCGACAGAGGGAACCCAUCAUCCACAGAGAUGUGAGCUCUGCUAAUGUCCUCCUUCUCUCUCUACCCAACAACAAAUGGCUUGCCAAACUCUCUGACUUUGGAUCAGCUAACCUAGCUCGAGAUGCCACUACUCCUGGAGAAGGUGCUAUCCUGUACACUGCCCCUGAGGCCUAUCCCCAACCACCUUCAUCACGUCAACCACGACCACAACAGACGACAAAGAUUGAUGUGUACAGUUUUGGAGUGCUUGCUUGUGAAGUGGUGACUCGAACAUUUCCAAAAUCUGAACUGUUUUAUCGUCUGUUAUCGAGUAUGGAAGGUGUAUGGCGGGAGCUCCACCCACUCAUCACCUCCUGUGUCUCUCACUCCCCUCAGGACAGACCCUCCAUGGACACUGUGCUACACCACAUCAAACAAUUGGACUCAGAGCCUUAGAACAUUUAGUCUGUAUGUGUGUAAUUAUG